UGUGAUGAUUGGUAUUUGUGGAGGAGAGUGAAACACGCGGGCUAUAUGAUAUAACACCAGGAUCAAACCGUCAACGUUCCGGUCAAUCUCAAGUCUCAACACCCCUUCUUCCUCUUAUGAUAUCGUCUUUCUAAUGUAUCCCAUUGAAUUAGAAGCGCAGCAGGCGUUGGUGCAAUUUUACACCCUUUUCGUGGCAUUUAGUAUCCUGCUAUACGACCACAUGGCAACCCUCCCAGAAGAAAUCAUGUUUAUCUGGCGUCGUCCAAAAGCAAUGUCUGCAGUGUUAUUUCUCGCCAAUCGCUAUGUCGCCGUGCUCAGUAACAUCCUUGUCCUGAUGAGCGCUUUCCUACCCGUUUCAACUGAGAGGUUUCAACUUUGCUUCUUCAAUAUCUACUAUUUUACUCAAUCAAGACUUAGCUGUUGGAAAUAUGCGAUGGCCGUACAUGUGUUACGUGUUUUCCAACAACUCUUCAUUUGCUUCAUAUUGACUCUUCGCACUUAUGCUCUCUACGGGUACCGCAGGCGCCUACUUGUAUGGAUGGGGAUUAUCGGCUUUACUCUUGUGGCAGGAAUGAUCUCAGUGAGAGCUCUUAGAUAUGUCUCGGUAAAUAGUGCGAUCGGCGGCGGCGGCUGCUAUGAAACAUACCCAACAACAACAUCUAUCCGUUCUGGGAUCGUUUGGAUCAUAAUGUUUAUCUAUGAAUUACUCAUCUUCAUCCUCACAGUCUUCAGGACUUGGAGAACUAGGGGGGUGCCGCGUUUCUCCCUCAUAUCCAGGAGAGAUAUCCUUGAUGUCAUAUUCCACGAUGGUGUAAUGUACUUUGCAGGGGUGACAUUAGUCAAUUUACCCAACAUUCUGACGUACUUUUGUGGUCCAGAUAUCAUCAGAGGCUGCCUGGGUCCAUUUACUACUUGCAUGUCUGCCACUCUUAUCUCUCGCCUGAUGCUCAACCUGCACGGGUGUGUUGACACUGGCAUUUUUUCUACCCCUGCCGAGACCAGCCCCGAUAUUCUUACCACCAGGGUCGACGUAGAGUUUGCGGUUUCCUCGGCUCAUUGGUAGGCUGGUACUGGAUUCCGUUUAUGGAUGCGAAGUGUCGUUGGAAGUUAAGAAGUGCUCUUCGAGUCUUUUUCUUGAACGCAGCAUGUGACUUGUUACCAUUCCGAAGUAGAUUGGUUCCCAACAGGGCCGAGUCCCUGAACAUGUCAAUUACUGGUCACUGGCUAAGAACUCAACCUUUUCUUGAUUUGACCACUAACCGUACGUUC